UACAAGCAGACGUUUCUCCUCGUGCCGAUACGGCAACACGCGCUAUCUUCAUACAAUUUCGGCGUCGAAGCCGGCGCACGCGCACGUGCUAAACAUAUCCUCCAAUUGUGUGCACAAAACAGUGAAUUUGCGUUUCUUCAUACCAAGUAACACAGAAGAAAUAAUCCGUCAAGAUGUUCAAGACACUAGCGUUCUACAUAGCACUAGUUGCAAUCUGCGCGGGAGUGGGCUUCAAGUACUAUCUGGAAGCAGUGCCCGACGUUCCCGACUUGGAUUACCAGAAGUGGUGGGGCGAUGGCCAGAAACCGGAGAAAGACGAUGAGUCCAUACGCCCCUUUAAAGUCACUUUCAAUGAUUCGAUGAUCGAUGAUUUAAAACAACGUUUGAUGAAAAGACGACCUUUUCGACAACCGUUAGAGGGCGCCCAAUCUCUGUACGGCAUGAAUACAUUUUAUUUAGAGAAAAUAAUUAAGUAUUGGCUCGAAGAAUACAACUUUAAGGAGAGAGCAGAUCGAUUGAACAGAUUCCCUCAUUUCAAAACAAGGAUUCAAGGUCUCGACAUUCAUUAUAUGCACGUUAAACCUGAGGUCAAAGAUAAGAAGGUAUUGCCAUUGUUAAUGUUACACGGAUGGCCCAGUUCCUCCAAAGAGUUCGACAUGGUGAUACCGACGCUAACAAAACCCGCUGAUGGAUAUGAUUUUGUGUUUGAAGUCAUCGCUGCUGAUCUGCCAGGCUUUGGAUUCUCGCAGGGAACAAACAAGCGCGGUCUUAGUCCCUUGCAGAUGGCCAUAAUAAUGAGAAACCUGAUGAUGCGUCUAGGAUACAAGCAGUACUAUAUCCAAGCUGGUGACUGGGGAUCACAGACCGCCACACAUAUGUGUACUCUGUUUCCGAACGAUAUCUUAGGAUUCCACACGAACAUGCCUGUAUCUUCAAGGCCGAUAAGCGAUGUGAAAUUUUUCCUGGGUUCCUUCUUUCCGAGCCUAGUGAUGGAACAGAAAUACAUAAGCCGAAUCUAUCCUCUCAAGAAAUUCUUCGAUUAUAUCAUGAGAGAAAGUGGGUACUUUCACUUGCAGGCAACUAAGCCAGAUAGUGUUGGUGUAGCACUAACCGAUUCGCCAGCUGGUUUAGCAGCAUACACUUUAGAGAAAAUCGGCGUUUGCAGUAACCGUGACCAGCUAGAUACACCCCACGGGGGCUUAGAGAAUAUACCCUUAGACGAUCUCUUGGAUACCGUAACUAUUAUAUGGGUAAACGAUUGUAUAGUGACAUCGAUGCGAAUAUAUAUGGAAGCUUUCGCGUCGGACGAUGUAUUUAUUGUUCACAACAUUCCGACUCCAGUACCAACAGCAGUGGUGAACUUCAAGCAUGAAGUAGUGUACCAACCCGACUGGAUACUACGCGACAAGUACCCCAACCUCGUGCGAUCGACCACACUCGAGUUCGGUGGCCAUUUCGCCGCCAUGCACACCCCUAAAGAAUUCGCCGAAGAAGUUUACGCAUCCUUCAAAGAUAUCUUACAAUUUCGCAAAAACACCAAUAAUACCAAAUAAACGUACUUAAAGACUUUUACUAGAUUAUAAGUGUUAAUGGCUUUAAGUUCGUCUCGGUAUGAAUAACGGUCGAUUUACACUACCGCCGUGUUCUCAUGCACGAUCAGUCUAACGGUUUCAGAUUUCCUAUGUUCAUAAAAUUAUGUAAACAGCUGAGAACAUGCGGACGUGUAAAUCGACGUUGAUUACAUUGAAAUUUAUUAUUUAUAAGCGUUCAUAAUCAUAACACAUGCGCAUCGGUGUAGUCCCACCUAUUGUUAUAAAAUUUCAUACGUUAAGAUAAUGCGUAAGUCAUUUUUUGAUUAGCACUGAUUGUUUAUGAGGAUUGUGUGAUGACGCAGACUGAUCUCUUAUUUUUAGUUGUAUUUUUAUAUUUCUUGUCAUUUUUAUAUUUACUGAUUAAACUGGGUAUGUAAAACGAAAGCUGUGUUUAAAACGUUUUCGAUAUAAAAUGUUUUUAAAUCAAUGCAAUAAAUUUAACUAAGUACCUACUACUUUUUUGAUUUGUUAUGUAACGAUUACGUCAUAGUGACCAUUAUAUUUGCACAAGUAAUUUCACUUUUUAAAGGUUAUGUAAAACUAAAGAUAUUUAAAUGCGAAGUGUCCUGAAUAAAUAUUGAACAUGUCUUUUUUUUGUUAAAUACGUUAGAAGGUGGAAAGGAAAAUUAAAACAUUCCAACAUUUAAA